GUGUGGGCGCCGUGAGCCCGCAGUGCCGAGCGGCCGGCGGCGCUGGGCGGGGGACCGAGCCGUGGCCUGUGCUCCUCUCCGUCCGGGGCCAGCAUGAUGACGCGCUUCGCUCUGACCGUUGUCCGGCAUGGAGAAACAAGAUUUAACAAGGAGAAAAUACUUCAAGGACAAGGAGUGGAUGAGCCUCUUUCAGAAACUGGGUUUAAACAAGCAGCUGCUGCUGGUAUAUUUCUUAAGAAUGUGAAGUUUACCCAUGUUUUCUCCAGUGACCUCACGAGGACAAAGCAGACCACGUGUGGGAUUUUGGAGAAGAGCAAAUUUUGCAAAGAUAUGGCAGUAAAGUACGAUUCAAGACUUCGAGAAAGGAAAUACGGAGUUGCAGAAGGCAGGGCGCUGAGUGAGCUGAGAGCAAUGGCCAAAGCAGCCGGAGAAGAAUGCCUCAUGUUCACACCACCCGGAGGAGAGACCUUAGCCCAGGUGAAAAUGCGUGGAAAAGACUUUUUUGAAUUUCUUUGUCAACUGAUCCUGAAAGAAGCAGAUGAGAAAGGACAGUUUUCCCAAGGAGCUCCAAGCAACUCUCUGGAAACUUCUUUGGCAAAGACAUUUCCUUUAGGAAAAACCUGUGCCCCUGCAUGUAACUCAGACAGCAGUGCUCCAGGGUUAGCGGCCAGUGUCUUAGUUGUGAGUCAUGGCGCCUACAUGAGAAACCUGUUUGAUUAUCUUGUGACUGACCUCAAGUGUUCCUUACCAGCGAGUCUGAGCAGAUCUGAACUUGUGUCAGUCAGCCCCAAUACGGGGAUUAGUCUCUUUAUCGUAAACUUUGAGGAAGGAAGAGAAGUCCAACCAACAGUUCAGUGUGUCUGUAUGAACCUGCAGGAGCAUCUGAAUGGAGUCACUGAAACUCGCUAAAUGUAAAUAUACAUCAAAGGCUAACGGUGUGGAGCCUCUGAGGGAGUGCCUUUGACUCUGUUUCCAUCCUCUGCUGGUGCUGGUUUGGAAACAAUUGAAAAGCUGUCUGUCAUAGCAGGUCAUAAAGCUCGAAUGGAAUCAUAGCCACAAAAAAACACUAAGGGAGAAUCAUUUAGGAUUGACUUAUUGUGUCUGAGUACAGUUGGCAUUUUCCGGAAUAAUUUUACACCCCGCAUGGUUCUGUCUCUGGCUUGUAAAUGGAUGGAGGAACUCAGUAUUGCAAAUUGGGGGUUUCAUAACCUUGUUACUGUUUUUUUUCCUUUUUUUAAUUGAUAUUUUUCUUUAAUGUCUGAAAAAUCUAGCCUAUUUUAUUGGCUCUUGGUAAGAUACUGUAUGUUUUUUACUAUCCCGUCCAGUGCUGGUAAGAAGGAAGUAUUUAUAAUUCCCACUGCAUAUUUAUAGUGACAAUAUGUUAUAUUUAAAAAGUCCUUUAAAUGAAAAAUGCUUACCAUCAUAAGUUUAUGUAACAGCAAAAUGACACUAAAAUGUUUAAUAUAGAUAUCAACUUUUGGAAUUUUUUACUCUGGAGGGUUUGAAAUGUGGAUGAAUGCAGAUUAUGAUCACAGAGUGGUCUUGUGAGGGAGAAGUUAAAGCAUAUCUGAUUAAAAAACAUUAAAGAAGGAGUCUGAGCAGGGGAAGAUGAAAGAGCAGAUCUUUCUGAUCUAACCUGCAGGCUGAAGAAUUUAGUUUGAGGAACGCUCUAAAGAAAGCGAGCAGUUACUAGGGUACCUCAUGGUCACCCCAGCAUGAGAGAGGGCGCUUCCUUGAGAAGAAUGGCGGCCUGAGGACCGCGACUGUGGGUCCCCGUGGGAGGUGCAGAUGAGGUUGCCUCUUUUUUCCACCAGAUGGCACUGGAGAGAAGAGAUUUUGGUUCACUUAAUUUUGUAAUUCGAUUGGUCUCAAAAAUCCUCCCCUAAAUGCAGGAAGUGUUUUAGGUGCAUUUUGUUUUAAGUUAUCAUGUUGAUGACGCUGUGAAUCUCUGAAGUGGGUCAGCUAAGGCUCAAAUCACGUAUAGUCACAAUUUACUUUGAACAUCAUUUAAAUCAUAUAUAAAAUUCAGUGUUAUGCUGUUCUCAGUGUCUGGUGCCACCAGUUUCCUCCAGUGUUGGAGCAGAGCGCAUGUGGAGCCCCAGGGGAAGCAUGCUGCAAAAGAAAACUUGAAAAAUUACCAAAAAGGACAAACAAUGAUAAAUGUCCGCAUUCCCACCAUCCAAAAGUAAUAACUCCCCACCUUUUUUUUUUUUUUUAAGAAAUAGCACAUUGAGAUACAGGUGAAGUUCCUUUGACUAGUCCUCGCGGUCCUGUUGCCCUCUUGUGCCCUGCAGAGGGGACCACGGCACUGAGUCUGUGUGUGUGUUCACCCGUUCUUUACAUUUUCACCUAGUGUCUUAAGGAAAUGAUAUUGUUUUGGUGUUUUCAAAAUGUACAUAAACAUCAUCAAGCUGUCUGUGUUCUUCGUUUUCACCUGUUGUAUCUUGGAGCUCUGUGUUGGUGUGUAUAGAACUAGUUACUUAUAACCAGUGUAUUCUAUUGAAUAAAUAUACCACAUUUUGUUUAUUCUCCUAUUAGUGGAUGUUUAGGUGUAUUCACUGUUUUCCUAUAGAAACAGUGCUUCAGGGAACAGCCUUUGGCACCUCUCCUCAUGCUGUGUCAUAAAAAAUGUGCAUCUCCAGUUUGACAAAAGCCGAAUGGUUCUUCAAAAUGGCUGUCCUGUUUUUCAGCCUCACUAGCAGUAUUCGAAAGUUCCCAUUUUCCACAUCUUUGAUACUGUCUGAUGAAAUCUGGUUAAUCUGAUAGGUGAGAAACAUUAUACUGUUGUUUUAGUAAGCUUUUUUCUGUAAUUGCUGAUGAGUCUGGGCAUUUUUUCCUGUGUGUAUUGACAAUUAGUAUUUUCUCACGGUGAACCGCCAGUGUAGAUUCCUUGCCUGGCUUUCUGUUGGACUGUGUGGCUUUUUCUUAGUGAGUUGCAGGGGUAACAUUGCAAAUACCUUCCAGCUUACUUGCCUUUUACAUAUGUUCAUCAUGCAUUGUUUUCAUAUAAGUGUUUUUCAUUUUAAGUCAAACCCAUAUAUAUUGCCCUUUAUGGUUUCUGGGGUUUGUUUUGGUGUCUUUAAGAAGUCUCCUCUACCAUAAGGUCAUUAUAUAAUCUCAUUUUUUCUUAAAGUUUUAGAGGAUUUUUUGAAUGCUAAAUCUUCAAAUUAUCUGGAAUUUAUUUUUGUGUGGCAUGAGGUCAGAACUGAGUUUUAUGUUUUUGUCCAUGUGGUGAAACAGUUACCCCAACGCCAUUAUUGGGAGUCUCUCCUUUCCUAGAUAACUUGCAGUUCUCUGUUCAUACCCCCACGCGCCCAUGUUCGCGGGAGCCUGUCUGUGGACUUGAUUCUGUUUCAGUGAGCUGUGUAUACCCAUGACAAUGUCAUCUUAGAUACUGUAGCUUUGCUGCUGAGUACCUUGUCAGGGAGAACGUUCACGGACAGAGAAAGGAACUCUUCUAAGUGUGUGGAAGGGAAAUGUCCACACGACAUCUUUUUCCCUACAGUAUUUAACUCUCCUUCCAUAAUGGAAUGAAGGCCUGUUUAUUUCCAAAUGGUUAUUUUGGUACUGCUCCAUUCCUAUGGCUUAUCACAUGUUAAAAUCCUUCGGACCAGAAAUAAAACUUCAGAUUCCCUUG